UAUGAAUUCUUAAUUACCUAUUAUUUGCGUGAUUGAAUUAAAUCUGCACCUGUGAAAGCAAGCAUGAAACAAGAUCUCCUCCUUUAGUGGGACUUGAUUUUUUUAAUGGGAGGGAGAAAAGAUCGAGGCCGGUGAUGGGAGGAGUGGCUGGAUGAUUUUUUGUUUUUGUUUUUUGUGAUUAUUUGUAAAGAGAUAAAACCAGUGGGAGGGGUGAUGGAGCUGAGACGGAAAAAAAUCUACCAACUCUCCCUUUAGGAGCAGACCACUUACGAAGCUGAUGUGUACAUUAGAGGAGUAAAAAAAAUUGCAUUUAAAACAAAAUCAUUUCAGACGCUCUCACCCUUAUUAGAAUUUUAAACCUAUUUGGAAUUCCAUUCAACAGUUCCAGCAUAGUCAUGGUUUCUGGCAUAGAUCUUCAAGCACCUUCUUGAUAGUAGCAGGAUCAUCAGGAAAUUUUCUCUCAAAACAAGCAUUGUUCAUAAUUUUUCAAAUGGUCUAACGAAGUUGGAGUUGCCCGUUCCUCAACGCAUUUUAGCCAAUUGUUUGGCAUAGGCUCACAGGUUCUCGUGUGUCAUCCGGCCUGUGGCUCUUGGUUGGUCGUCCGCAGUGGAGUCAUGGUGCUUGCUUGAAGAAGAUGAUGAUGGCACUUUUGAUGGUGUAUGUUUUUCGGUGAUGUGUGUUUUUUCCGGCGAUGUGUGUUAGUCUCGUGGAUUGCCAGGCAGCCAGGAUACCAUUUCUUACAGACGUGUUGUAACUAUUUUUGCUCGGUUUUUCGCAAAUUAACCAGCAACUCUCUUCUUCCUUUCUUUCUUUUUUCUAAAAUGAAUCGGCAUCCUCCAAGGCCGACUCAAAAAACAGAAAAAGGAUACUAGAUGUACUACUAGUAGUAGUUACCAACGCCUUGGAGGCUUGGAGCUAUAGGUCCGGUCCAAACCUCCCGCUUCAGUUCUUUCACCUCACCUUCCUCCUCUCGCUUGUCGACCGGCGUCGAUCCCAAUGCUGCUAACGCCAAUUUAUUUGCUGUCCAUUACCACACUACGCACAGCUGCCGGAGUAAUAUGGGGAUGUAAUUUCCGGCCACGCGCCCUAUUUAAUCACAGGGCCCCUCCGGAACAAUCGACCAACAAAAGGAAUUGCUUGCUAGCCUCGCCGCGGUCGCCCUGCGCGUGCGCGUCUCCUCUACCGAACCGUCCGCCGUCGUCGCCGUCGCCAUCGCCGUCGCUGUACAUAUACCUGUCGAACCAUCCCGUCCCUUCCUCUACCUACCUUCUUCUUGGUACGGUGAGCUAGCUGUACCGCCACCGCGUCGCAGCAUGGCGCCAGGUCUGCGGUUCCCGCCGGCGUUCGCCCUCGUGCAGCUCGCGGUCACGCUGCUCGCCGUGCUGCCUCGCCACGUUGUGCCGGACCUGGCCGGCGACCGCGACGCUUUGCUCGCCCUGCGCACCGCCGUGGGAAACCAUCUCAAGUGGGACCGCUCGGUGUCCCCGUGCCAGGGGUGGCAAGGCGUCAGCUGCAGCCCCGGCCCGAACCAGCGCGUCGUCGAGCUGCGGCUAGUUGCCAAGAGCCUGAGCGGGCAGAUCCCGGUCGGCACGGUGGGCAACCUCACCGCCCUGCAGACGCUGUCGCUCCGGUUUAACGCCAUCUCCGGCCCCAUCCCGGCGGACAUCGGCGGCUGCGCCGAGCUCCGGUGGCUGUACCUCAAGGGGAACCGAUUCGACGGCGACAUACCGGAGAGCUUCUUCUCUCUGGCAUUGCUCAAGAAGACCGACCUCUCCGAGAAUCGCCUCACCGGCGGCGUGUCAUCGGAGUUCAACAAGCUCGGGAACCUCGCCACGUUGAACCUCGAGGGAAACAACCUUAACGGCGCGCUCCCGAGCGGCCUCGACCUCCCGAAGCUGACGCAGUUCAACGUGUCCUACAACGGCCAGAUCGAUGGCCCCGUGCCCGCGUCACUCGCCGGGCUGCCCGCGAGCGCCUUCCUCGGGACGGCGCUUUGCGGCGGCCCUCUCGCUGCUUGCCCCAACUCCGACUCCGAGGCCCACAAGAGUCGCAAGCUAACCCUUGGCGCCAUCGUCGGCAUCAUCAUCGCUGCGUUGGUCGUUCUCAUCAUCAUCCUUUCAAUCUGCGUUCUCAUCUUCAGCCGGCGGCGGCGGGCGGCGGCCGGGAGGUCCACCGAGGCCGCGGCCGACGUGCACGAGGGCACGGACCCUAUAACGGUGACCGUGGCAAUGACGGGCAGGGACGCCGUGAAGCGGUCGCACUCCCCGCCAGGUUCGCCGUUGAUCGGCGACGGCAAGAAGCUGGUGUUCCUGGGCAGCGCGCCGGAGAGGCCCUAUGACCUGGAGACGAUGCUGCGGGCGUCCGCCGAAGUGCUCGGCAAGGGCGUCCACGGGACGACGUACCGCGCAACGCUCGACGGCGGGGAGCCCGUCCUCGCCAUCAAACGCCUCCGCGAUGUGCACCUGCCCGAGCGCGAGUUCCGGGACAGGGUGGUCGCCCUCGGCGCUCUCCGCCACGACAACCUGCCGGGUCUCCGUGCCUACUUCUACAGCAAGGAGGAGAAGCUCCUCGUCUUCGACUUCGUCGGCGCCGGCAGCCUCUCCUCCCUUCUCCACGGCAGCGGGGCGGAGCGCCUCGACUUCACGACACGCGCACGCAUCGCGCUGGCGGCGGCGCGCGGCGUGGCGUUCAUCCACGGCGGAGGGCCCAAGGCGUCGCACGGCAGCAUCAAGGCGUCCAACAUCGUGGUCAGCGGGAAGCGCGACAGCGCGUACGUGGCCGACUACGGCCUGGCCCAGCUCGUCGGCACCGCGGGGCUGCCGAAGCGGGGCACGGGCUACCGCGCCCCGGAGGUGACCGACGCGCGCGUCGUGUCGCAGAAGGCGGACGUGUACAGCUUCGGCGUGGUGGUGCUGGAGCUGCUCACAGGGCGCGCGCCGACGCACGCGCUCCCGGACGGCGGCGCUGGCGGCAGCGGCGUGGACCUCGCGCGGUGGGUGCGGUCGGUGGUGCAGGAGGAGUGGACGUCCGAGGUGUUCGACUCCGUCAUCGGCAGCGAGCCGCGCGUUGAGGAGGAGAUGAUGCGGCUGCUGCAGCUCGGGAUGGAGUGCACCGAGCAGCACCCCGACCGGCGCCCGACAAUGGCCGAGGUGGAGGCGAGGAUCGAGCGCAUCGUCGAGGACGCGAGCCGGAGGGCCGACUUCAGCAGCACCGACGGCAGCCGGAGCGUGUCCGCAUGAGCAUCACCGGCCAUAUUCUUUUUCAAGGUUUAUAAGAGUUUUUUGAAAUGAGACGAUUACGUUUAUAUUUUGUUACUGUAUUUGUUGGUCUACAAUAAUGAAGGGGCUUUCAUUUGACUCAUAAGUUGGAUACAAUCACAAGGGUUUGCAUAACUAUGAUGCACACCUUGUCAUUUGUUGUUGUUGUUGCUACUCAUACUGGUUGCAAAGUACUCAUGUUUCAUGUCUGCUGCAUCA